AUGCGUUGCGGUCGCGACAUCGUCGACAUUUUCAACGGUGCAGUGCUUUUGAUGGCGUCCUCAAGAAUUACGCAGAAAUCACCGUCCCCCGGCCGCGGUGUCGUGUCCACUUACACAUUGUUCGUGCCGUUGAUUCAACUCAACUACAGAGCUCAAGACCGUCCCAGCAGCUUCGGGGGGUUGGAGGGCGGAAUCGGUAGCAACAACAACAACAACAACAACAUUAAUGAUAAUGACAGCAGCGGUGAUCAAGGUGGAUUGACGCUGGGUACAAAAGUAGGGAUCGGCAUCGGGGCGGCCUCUGCGCUUAUAAUUACGGGCCUGCUGCUCUUCUUUAGGCGCCGUGCGCUCCAGAGGCGCAGGGGCCAAAACAGGCCGAUUGAGGAGAUGCUGCCGGACGAGAAGAAGGGGCAUCCCUGGCCAACCGGAGCUGGAGGGGGCCCGAGAUUAAUGAACUGGGUGACACAUCAAAUCCGCAGGAGCUGUCUGCUGUUGGUGAUGGUGGUCCUGCAGGCGCAGCUAUCGGCGGCUGGGGUGCGCGGAAGGAAGGGAUCCGGGGCUGGGCGCGAGGAUGCUCGAGGGAAGCAGUGCGGUCACCUGGCGGCGAUGAGGAUGCUGAACAUGAGGCCGGAUUCGAAUUGA